CACACCAGACUCCACCUGCCACCUCACAGACUCCUCCCACACUCACCUGGACACUGCAGACAGACACGUCAGUGAACACCGCUACUCAAACUGCUCCAUCCACGUCUCCAACAGCCAGGGCACCAACGGUCCCGCCCACCAGUCCGACCAAUACACCUACAACCACAACCAGGAGCACUACAACCAUGAUGACCACCAUCCAAACCACAGCCAGUUCAACCACGCCUGCAGCUACAACAACAGUGACCACGACUCGUCUGACGACAGCUACACCUCCGACCACAACUUCAGGAGUCACAGCUACACCUGUGCUGACCUCCACAGUUUCCCGCUGCUCUGUCAACGUGACGGGGAUCAGCUCCGGUUUGGACUCGGCUGUAGUGACGUUGACCUCCGGCGGCCCGUCCUGUAACUUCAGUCUGGUUCCUGAGGAGGACUCUGAGUCCACCAACUGUGACCCACAUGGAGAGACCGGGACCAGCUUCAUCUGUCGGGUCGGGGGUCUGGAACCCGGGACUUUGUACCGGUUCACUGUGAUUUCCAGGACGGAUGGAGAGAGGAGCAGCGUGUCGGUGCGUACAGACCCUGUUGGUCCAGCUCAUCUGGAGGUCCAGCUGGACCAGGUUCAGUCUCAGUAUAAAACUCUGUCUGCAGUCAACACUGAUUCUUCGGGUUUGAGGGUGUUCUGGUCUCGCUCUGCCGGUCAUGUGGACUGGUAUGAUCUGAGUCUGGAGGACACCAGCACCGGAUCCACCCGCAGUACCAGAGUCAUGGGCUCUGCAGCCCCCCAGUCUGGGUUCAGCUCCCUGGUCCCUGGCACUCUGUACACAGUUAGCGUUGUGGCUAUAGCCGGGAACAAGAGUGCUGCACCUGUCCACACCACGGCAACUACAGCUCCCUCCUCUGUCAGUGGCCUCCAGGUGGCGUCCUUGUCCUCACGCAGCCUCAGUGUCUCCUGGCAGGGGGGUCUGGGCAGAACCGAGCGGUUCAGGGUUCUGCUGACGGACCAGGACGGGGUUCUUUUGAAGAACGUCACUCUGAAAAACACAGAGACCUCCGCCAAGCUGGACGACCUACAGCCAGGGACCCCGUACACUGUCACCGUGGUAACAGAGGCAGUGGGCCUGCAGAGCUCCACUUCCAAACAGGCUGUCACAGUCCCAGCAGAGCUCUCAGGGCUGAGGCUGGACAACAAUGGCAGCUCACACAGUCUGCUGGCCUCCUGGGCCUCACCUGAGGGGGGCGUGGACCUGUACUUGGUCACCCUGUCGGCUCUCGGAUCGACCGUCCAGCGACACCUCCUGCCUCCCAAUGUCACCCAGCUUUUCUUUGAGGGUCUGGCCCCCGGUCGCAGCUACCAGCUGUCAGUCCGGACCACAGCUGGAGGACAGAGUACAGAGACCAGGACCAGCGGUAGGACAGUGCCUGACCGGGUGGCGGCGCUCUCCUUGUCUCCUCUUGCUGAUGGCGGGACCCUGAGGCUCAGCUGGACGCAGCCCACAGGUGACUGGGAGAACUACGGCGUCCUGCUGAGGACGGGCUCAGCAGUCCUGGUGAAUCGGACUGUGGACAGACCGAGCAGACAGCUGUCCUUCUCCGCCCUCGGGCUCGGCCUGGUGCCGGGACGCCGCUACACCGCAGAGGUCACGGUGAACAGCGGCAUUCUGGGGAACACAGCGUACUGCCAUGGACGACUCGCUCCUCGCCCUGUGCAGCAGCUGCUCGUCCGUCACGCCGAUGACUCCUCUGUGAGCGUCCUGUGGAGUGGCCCGGACGGUGAGUGGGACGGCUUCACGGCGUUCCUCAGACCGGCGGACACCGACGCUGUGGUGGCUCAGAGGCUCCUCCCCUCGGAGUCCAGAGACUGCACCUUCAACGUCCUCACCUCAGGACGCCGCUACGCCAUCACCGUGACAACCAACAGCGGGAACCUGAGCAGCUCUGCCUCUGUGACGGCGUGGACCAGUCCGGCUCAGGUGGGCAGGCUGCAGGUUUCUAACCUCGGCACCACUGACAGUCUGCGGGCUCAGUGGCUCCGAGCCUCUGGGGAUCUGGACUCGUACGAGGUCUUGCUGGUCCACGACAGCAGCGUCAUCAAGAACGAAAGUGUGGAGGCCAACGCCACCAGUGUCGGCUUCCACGCCCUGAGAGCCGGAGCUCUGUACAGGGUGGUGUUAACCACGGUCAGAGCCGGACACACCUCCAGACAGGUGGUGGCAGAGGGACGCACCGUCCCUGCAGCCGUGGGCGAGGUGACAGUCAGUAACAACGGUCGUAUGGACUUCCUCAGUGUGUCGUGGCGUCCGGCUGCAGGUGAGGUGGACAGUUACCUGGUGACUCUGAGCGACCGGGAGAAGACGGUUCACACUCUGGCUGUUUCUAAGUCCAGUCCAGAGUGUGUCUUUAACUCCUUGGUGUCCGGACGCCUCUACAACAUCUCCAUCACAUCCCGCAGCGGCAGCUACCACAACCACACCUUCGUCCAGGAGAGAACACAGCCGUCAAAGGUCCAGAACCCGACAGCGACCCACGCUGCCCGGGAUGACUACCUGAAGGUCUACUGGCGUCACGCUGCUGGAGACUUCGACCUGUACCAGGUGUUCAUCAAACACAACAACGUGUUCCUGCAGAACCAGACGGUGCUGAAGACGCAGAACGAGUGUGUGUUUAACGGCCUGGUGCCAGGAAGACUCUACACGGUGCUGGUGAACACGCGGAGCGGGAAAUAUGAAGCCAGCGCCUCCACCCACGGCAGGACCCUCCCAUCAGCGGUCCGGUUCCUGGUCCUGGCCAGGCAGGGGACCGAGGACCUGAGGGUGACAUGGUCCGCCGCUCUGGGUGACGUGGAUCACUACGAGGUGCAGCUGUUGUUCAACGACAUGAAGGUGUUCCCUCCCAUCACUCUGGGCAGUGGCGUUGGGGAGUGUGUGCUGUCCUCGCUCACACCUGGACGCCUCUACAAGAUCCUGGUUUCAACCUUCAGCGGCCCCAACCAGAGAGCCCAGUUUAUAGAGGGCCGCACAGUUCCCAGCAGAGUGAAGAACAUCCAUGUCAGUAACAGUGGAGACAGCAGCAGUCUGAAGGUGAGCUGGACUCCGGGUCAGGGAGACGUGGACGGGUUCUCUGUGUUUCUGUUCAGACAGAGCAGACAGCUGGAUGUCCGCCGCGUCCUCAAACACCAGAACGAGGUGACGUUCGGAUCCCUGCAGCCCGGACAGGUGUACACUGUGACCGUCCAGUCUGUGAGCGGAGAGCUGGUCAACAACAACACUGCCUCAGGACGCACAGUCCCCUCAGCAGUGACGGGGGUCCAGGUGGAGAACCUUCACACCACCUGCAGCCUCCAGGUGAACUGGCAGGAAGCUCUGGGUGUGGCUGACGGGUACAUCCUGCAGGUUCUGGACAGCAGAGGUGGUCUGGUGACAAACUCCUCUCAGCCCUCUGGACACACCAGCUACAGAUUCGACGGCCUCACCCCGGGAAAGAAGUACCGAGUCCUAGUCCAGACCACCAGCGGGGGGGUCCACAGCCCGGGGGUCAACGCAGAGGCUCGGACACGCCCUGCAGCCGUCACCGACCUGGCCGUGAAGAUCAACACCACCAGUAGCCUGUCCUUCCUCUGGUCUCCACCAGAGGGCGAGUUCGAGCUCUACGAGAUCUUCUUGUAUAAAAGUGAUGAAUCGCUGCAGGAGAGACAGCGAGCCCAGUCCAGCAGUCAGCAAGUCUCCUUCCAGGGUCUCAGACCUGGCGCCCUCUACAGGAUGGUCAUCCUGACCCACAGCGGAGACCAGACCAACCAGACCUCCAUCUUGGCCAGGACAGUCCCAGCAGCCGUGAUCUCUCUGAGGGCUAACAGUGGAAACCAAUCUGAGUCUCUGUGCGUGACCUGGGGGCGUGGCCUCGGUGAUGUCAGUGGUUUCAUGUUGUCUCUCUACAAACCUGACAACUCCAAACAGGCCGAGCAGCAGCUGGACUCAGAGGCCUUUGAGUUCGUCUUCUCAGACCUGGUCCCGGGUCGACUAUACCGAGCUGAGGUCCUGAGUCUGAGCGGAGAGCUCAGCAACAGAGCCAUCACCCUGGGCCGGACCGCUCCCAGACCUCCAACCUCCUUCCUGUUCAGGGGGGUCACCAACACCUCCCUGGAGAUCACAUGGAGUGGUCCUGUGAGCUCCGACUAUGACAACUUCGACCUGCAGUGGACUCCUGUAGACCGGCUGUCCGUCAUCAACCCAUAUCACAGCCGGACAUCCGGCAGCCGCAUCCUGGCCGGGAUGUUCCCUGGACGACUCUACACCUUCAGCCUCCGAACUGUCAGCGGGGACACGGAGGCCGGGGCCACACCCACCUACAGCACAGCCAUCCACAGCAGCAUCCGAACCAAGCCGGGGCGAGUCCACGGCCUCCACUGUCGCCCUCAGAGCUCCAACUCCAUCUCCUGCUCGUGGGGGCCUCCGGUGGCCGACUACGACUCCUACACCGUCGAGUGUCUCCUCCAGGACUCCCAGACGCUGGUUUACUCCAGACGCACCAGCGGAAAUGCCACCACCUACGUCAUCACCCAGCUGGAGCCCCACAAACGCUACACGGUCUCUGUGAAGGUGAUCUCAGACCAGACGACCAGCGACGCGGCUCAGGACGACGUGGUCACCAUGAUUGACCGUCCUCCUGUCCCCCCCCUCAGUACCCGGGUCAGUGAUAAGUCCGCUGUGGUUACCAAGUCCUCCAUCAUCUUCAGGUUCAACUGCAGCUGGUUCAGUGACGUCAACGGAGCCGUCAGGUUCUUCACUGUGGUGGUGACUGAGUCUGAAGGUGUUGACAAUGUGCAGCCGGACCAGCAGCACCCUCUGCCCUCCUACCUGGACUAUAAGUCCAACAGCUCCAUCAAGUCCUACCAAACCAGAUACUUCCACAGUAACUGCACCGAGGGCCCCCACAGCUUUGAGAUCAACGUGGGGACGGGGAUGGAGUCACUUGGAGGGUCCUGCGACCACAGAGACACAGAUCCAGAGACCAGCAGAGACCUGAACCAGUUCUGUGAUGGACCACUGAAGCCUAAAACUGCCUACAGACUCAGUGUUCGAGCUUUCACUCAGCUGUUUGACGAGGAGAGAAGCGACUUCCCCAUGUCCUCUCCUCUGUACACCGACACAUACCUGUCCCUCCCUGUGGUCACCGAGGCCGAACCUCUGGGCGGCGUGAUCGAGGGCGUCAGUGCUGGGCUGUUCCUCAUCAUCAUGAUGGUGGGGGUCACCGCUCUGCUCGUCUGCAGACACAGAGCUCGCAAAGUUGUUGAGGAGAGAGCAGGAGUCAGGAUGAGUGUGAGGAGAGAGAGAGCGACAUCAGGAGGUCACCUGGGAAACAGAGGAAACCGUCGUAUCUCCAGUCCCAUCAAGAUCCUGAACUUUGAGUCUCACUACAUCAAACUUCAGGCUGACUCCAACUACCUGCUGUCAGAGGAGUACGAGGACCUGAAGGACGUUGGCCGUAAUCAGCCUCUGGACUCGGCUCUGCUGCCAGAGAACCGUGGGAAGAACCGGUAUAACAACAUCCUUCCCUACGACUCCACCAGGGUGAAGCUGUCCUACGUAGACGAUGAUCCUUGCUCCGACUACAUCAAUGCCAGCUACAUCCCUGGGAAUAACUUCCGGCGGGAGUACAUCGCCACUCAGGGCCCUCUGCCGGGAACCAAAGACGACUUCUGGAAGAUGGUUUGGGAACAGAACGUCCACAACGUGGUGAUGGUCACUCAGUGUGUGGAGAAAGGAAGGGUGAAGUGUGAUCACUACUGGCCCUUUGACCAGGAUCCUCUGUACUACGGAGACCUGAUCGUCCAGAUGUUGUCGGAGUCCGUCCUACCUGAGUGGACCAUCCGAGAGUUCAACAUCUGCAGCGAGGAGCAGCUGAGCUUCACCCGCCUGGUCCGUCAGUUUCACUACACGGUGUGGCCCGAUCACGGAGUCCCAGAGACCACCCACUCCCUCAUCCAGUUUGUCCGGACUGUCAGGGACUACGUCAACAGGACUCCUGGAUCUGGACCCACCGUCGUCCACUGCAGUGCUGGUGUGGGUCGUACAGGGACCUUCAUCGUUCUGGAUCGAGUGCUGCAGCAGCUGGACUCCAAGGACACGCUGGAUAUCUACGGCUCCGUGUUUGACCUGAGACUCCACCGAUCACACAUGGUGCAGACUGAGUGUCAGUACUCGUACCUCCAUCAGUGCGUCAGAGACGUUCUAAGAGCCAGGAAGCUUCGCAGCGAGCAGGAGAACCUCCUCUGCCCCGUCUAUGAGAACGUGAACCACAGAGAGAUGCUGAGCUACAGACGUUAAUGUUGUUGUGAGACGCAGCACAUCUAUUUUUCUACCACUGUUUAUAUUAGAGAGAAACUUUAUGAUUAUUUAUGUAACACACCUGUACAUACACCUGCGUCAUACUGUGUCUGUAUAUAUCCUGCAACAGAUGUUUUUUAUAAGAGAUAAUGUUUCAAGCCUACAAGGCACAUGACCAGAAGAGUCAGAGGAGUCAGAGGAGUCAGGUGAGUCAGGUGAGUCAGGUGAGUCAGGUGAGUCAGGUGAGUCAGGGGUCCGGAGUCUGAUCCUCUGUAUGAAGGUCUCAACAGAGCAGCUGUGGUCUGAUUCAGGACAGUGAGCUGGUGUCUGUGUCUUUAAGUUUAUUGUGCAGCAGCUUUCAACCAACUACACCUGAACUACACCUGAAAUACAUCUAAACUACACCUAAACUACACUCUCUACACCUACACUACACCAACUACACCUACAC